AUGGGUUCGAUAAAUAGCGACAUCCCGGGGCCAUUCGACGUGGAGUCCGUCGCCAUCAUCGGCGCCGGGCCCAGUGGUCUCGCAGCUGCCAAAUAUCUCCUCGCGCAGCCCUCAUCAACACCGGCAACCGGCUCUUCACACUUCAAGAGGAUAACAAUCUACGAGCAACAGCCCCAGGUCGGAGGCGUAUGGCUGUACUCCGCAUCGCCAGCACAUGCAACGCCCAUCCCGCAGACCUCCCCGCUGAGCCCUCCAGACCCGCCGCUCACAGACGGGGAGGCGGGAGAUGGGAGGCCCAUCUUCCCGAGCCCCAUGUAUGAGAGGCUCCACACCAACAUCCCGCACACGCUGAUGCAGUUCUCGGAUCUGCCCUUCACGGAUGAUAGGGGACGCACCGUGGAGCAGGACGCCGACCUGCGCAUCUUCCCGGAGCGCGAGGUCGUGCAGCGGUAUCUGGUCGAGUACGCAGCCGAGGUGCGGCAUCUGAUCCGAUUCUCGACCAGCGUGCUGGACAUCAAGCUACGGAAGGUCGCGAUCGACGGCGGUGGCGGGCGAGAGAAGGACCAGUGGGACGUGACGUCCCGGGACCUCCCGACGGGGCGCGAGGAGACGGCGACGUACGACGCCGUCGUGGUGGGGAGCGGGCACUACAGCACGACAUAUGUGCCGGACCUGUCGGGGAUCCGGGAGUUCGACCGCGCGCACCCGGGGCUGGUCUCGCACGCCAAGACGUACAGGACGCCCCGGAGCUACGAGGGGAAGAAGGUCCUGCUCGUGGGCAACUCGGCCUCGGGCCUCGACAUCGCCAGCCAGAUCACGAAGGUGUGCCGGCAGCCGCUGCUCGUGUCCGCGCAGACCGGCACGCCCGAGGAUGUCAGGGAGCACGUCGGCUUCGAGGAGGUGGCCGAGAUAUCGCACUUCCUGCCCGAGCGGCGCGGCGUGCAGCUCAAGGACGGGAGACAGGUCGCGGAUCUCGACGCCGUGCUCUUCUGCACCGGCUACCUGUACACGUUCCCGUUCUUCCGGGACGCGGAGCUGAAGGGAGAGGGAGAGGCGGGCGAGGGCGAGAAGAUCGUCACGGACGGCCGCAAGGUCCACGGGCUCUACAAGCACUUCCUCCACAUCCGGCACCCCACCCUCGCGUUCCUGGCCCUGCCGAUCAAGGUCAUCCCCUUCCCGUUCUCCGAGGCGCAGGCGGCCGUCCUGGCGCGGGCGUGGGCGAACGAGCUGCCGCUGCCCCCGGCGCGGGAGAUGCUGGAGUGGGAGCGGAGGGAGGCGAAGGAGAGGAAGCAGGGCAAGUACCACGUCUUCCCGCCGCUCGGGGACGCCGAGUACAUCAACGAGAUGCACGACUGGCUGGUCAGGGACUCGGCGAGGGGGAAGCUGCCGCCGCGGUGGGGUCCGGAGAUGUUCUGGCAGAGGGGGCUGUACGCGCAGGCGAAGAUGAAGUUCGAGAAGGGGGGCAAGAAGGCCAGGACGCUCGAGGAGCUGGGAUACGUGUACGAGCCCGACAAGGAGGGGGAGACGGAGGAGGAGGAGGCGAGGAUCAGGGAUCCUGGUCUGGACGUCGCGGGGUAG